ACCCAAGGCAGCGCGUGCAGCAUGAUCCUCGACCCAGUAGACGUCUUCCAAAGAAACAACUUCCAUCUGAACCAAUCUGCGAGAAACGAUAUACAUGAUAUUUCCAGUAAAAUAUCUGUAGAUUGAGCGAUACCAAUACUUACUUUUGAUAGUGAUUGUGGAGCCCGUGCUCCGUAAGCCAUUGCCGCAGCACAAGACGCUGUUGCAAAAGGCGAGCAGCACGCUGAAGACGCUCUUCAUCAUGCAGUGGUAGUUCCGGCAGUGCCUCAACUUCUCCGCAAUUCGCGAGACUUGAGAUACCUUCAAUAAAUAUUUAACUUUGAAUAUUACCAUCAUUCAGACUCGAAUUCUAACAAAUUAGCUUCAUUGUUCAAGGGCACGAUCCAUGUGUUGCGAGAUAGCGCAGACAGGAAAUAAGCUUCCCUUUGUGUAAUAAUAGAAUUAUUGAGGUUUUUUUUUUCAAGUAUGAAUAUGCAAAGCGACGUCUAAUAAUGUUUGUGUUCGAAUGACCUAUAAUCAAUUUGUGCUUUUUUGUUCGGAUAUUCACAACAGAGAUCAAGUGAUUGGUAAAGCAUUACUACGAUAUGCAACGGAAAUAUCACAUAGAUUAGAUUCUUUUCCUGGCCAGCAAUAUCCUGAGGCUCAAUGUGCCUCUUGCUACUCGACGUUUCUUCCCAAACGAUUCAGUAGUUCCGAACAGUCCACGAUGUAUCGUCUCUUAAAAAUACUCGCUUUUGCUUGCUGCAUUGUAAAUGCAGCCUCUGUGUGUUCUACGUCAAAAUACAAUCAAGGUCCGAGAGAUUGGUUGCAAUGUUCAUCAAGCAACAUUAUAGAGGUGAAAUCCAAGCUGACAUUAAACUUGAUAACGGUAUCUGUAUCUGGAUCGUCCAUACCUGAGAUUGGUGAUUUUACUUUCGUGCAAAAUGCAUCGACUAUUGAGAAUUUGAAUUUCCAUGACUGUGGUAUUAACUCGAUCGGAAACCAAGGGUUCAGAGGACUGAGUAUUCUGAAAAAACUGAGUUUACCCUACAAUAAUUUGACAAAUUUAAAGGCCACUUGGUUCGAUGACCUCCCAAAUCUUGUUCAGCUAGAUUUGUCUUUUAAUCGCAUCUCUUACUUGGAUCCAACCAUCUACUUCCACCUAUCUAAACUUCAAAGACUCGACAUCAAUGACAAUAUUCUGACAUGCAUACCCACGCAGAACCUGGAGAAUAUUAGGCAUUUGAAAAAUAUACGUAUUCAGGAAAAUCCGCUAACGUACCAAUGUAGGGCGCGGAUAACGCUUUGGCUGAAGAACCAUAAAGUUGACUAUGCUACAAAUGAAGACAAGUAUAGAUGGUUGGAUGGUAUUCUUUGGCAGUGUUUAUCCGAUCUGCCCACAGACCAAUUCGCAGACAGGAGGAUGAACACCUGUGUAGUUUCCAAUAUGUUUGAUCAACUAAGUACCAUACUGCGUUCUUCAGCUUCUCUGGCGACAUCCACCCAAGAAUGUGUUCCAGCCAGGCAAACUCUAACGCAGUGUCUCCAGAGCCGAAAUGUGAAUAAAAAUGGUGACGUCCUGAUGAACUUACUAGCUCUUACGCAUAAUCUUGCAAAGAUACCCCAUUAACCAGCUGAUUCGAUGACUAUCCCCAUCGCAACACGCGAGGCAGUAGUACGGAUAGUGCAAAGGAAGGUGCUGGCCUAUGCUAAAUCUAAUAUGCUUAUAAGAAUCUAGACAACCGUGACGCUAUGAGCGUGUUUACAAUGAUUUUACAUGAUUUGCUUGUAAUUUGUUAAAUAACAUAAAUCGACUUAUCGCAA